AUGUCUUGCCCAGCGCAUGUUUCGAUUGACUGUGGUGGGGUUUCCUUCUGGGACAGGGAGGAUUUGCAAGCAGUCGUUCCCGGGACGACGACGGUGCGAGGGGUGCCCAAGGGUGCGAAGGGCACGACCAAGGUCAACAAAGUCCUCGUGAAAGGCAAGGGCGGCCAAAAUGUGGGCCCACAGAAAUCAGAAAGGCGGAUCAGCGUGGGGUCCGACCUGGCCUACUCGGGCACCUACACAGGGCCGUCUGCAGCAGGCCGCGCGAAGCGCGGGAACAGAUGA